AUGUUGGUUUUUGAUUUUGAUGAGCGGCUACGGCUUUGGGACUUGCGUGCGCCCAAAUCUCCCUUAGUCAAGGAGGUCGUUCAUACUACGGGUGGUGGUGUCUGGCGGCACAAAUGGAACAGUCCUUCCGCCUCACACUUCCUCCUGGCUGCCAUGCAUGCUGGUUUCGCUGUCGGCGCCUGGGAGCCCAAAGAUCUGGAUUUCUCACAUGACAGACAGGCAACCCCGUUUGUCUCCUACUAUCGUCAGACCUCAGAGCUGGCCUAUGGCGCCGAUUGGUUUAUUCUCUCCGAACAGUCCGGAUCUUCCAAUUGUCCCAAAUUCCGUGCCUUAGUUGCAACUUGCUCCUUUUAUGACAAUCACGUGACCUUCGCUGUUUACGAAGAAUGA